GUGACGACACAGCGGGUGUGGAGUGUUCGUCGGUGGUUGGGUUGGGUUGAAUGGUUCACUGCGAAGGACAGGGCCGGCGCUGGCCUCGAAGCCAUGGAAAGCCACACGCGCAUCACCAACAUCAUGGACCUAUCCGGUCUGCAAGACCUUAGGAAACACUCUGUCAUCGAACCCAGAAUCAUCGUCAAAGAGUUGAAAAUAAACUUUAAUGAUAUCAUAGAAGGAAAGGAUGAGUGGAGUGUGCAAGACAAAAUUUCUCAAAGGGUUUUACGCAAAUUGCUGGACCAUACUGUUCUGCGGUCGUUUAUCAUUGCACUGCUUAUUGGAAGCUGUAUUGCCAUCAGUUGUCAGACAGACCCUGCUAUCUCAGAGACCUACUCCAUGUUCUUUGCAAUAUUUGAACAAGUAUUGGUGACUAUCUUUCUAUGGGAAAUGUUGCUGAAAUGGUACUAUGGAUUCUGGAUAUUCUGGAAGGAUGGCUGGAACAUUGCAGAUUUCCUCGUCACAUCCGCCUUAUUCAUGGGUUCCACGACGUCAUUCACGAGGAAUCACGAGCUCUUUUAUGUACUGAGAGUACUGAGAGCUCUGCGAAUGGUGCGGAGUUUAGCUGCCAUCCAGGGUCUGGCCAUUAUGGUGCAGGUAAUCAUCCAGUCAGUUUCUGACAUGGCCAACAUUAUCUUCCUGCUCAUCCUGAUCACAUUGGUAUUCGCUGUGUUUGGGGUGAUCAUAUUUAGCACUGAAGUGCCAGAAUCAUUUGGGAGUUUGGAGAGAGCUAUGUACUCGCUGUUCAUCUGCAUCACACAAGAUGGAUGGGUACAAAUUUAUGAAGAAUUUGUGGAAAAGGAUGGAGCAAUAAUGUACUGGGGUGCGCUGUACCUCUUCAUCUUCAUCAUAGGAGCAUCUUUUAUCUGUGCAAACAUUAUGGUUGCUGCUGUGACUUCAAACCUGGAGCAAGCAAUAUUAGAGCAAGAGAAAAAGAGGCAUACACUGACUGAUGAUUCAACUCUAUUGGCUGAGUUGAAAGAUGAGGGUGAAUCAGGGCCUAAGAUGCCCUUGAUCCACGUGCAAGACUGUAUCAGGCAGAUUACCACAGCUCACAGACAGCAACCAAUGAAGUACAGCUCUCUGGAGAAUCUUAAUCUUACAACAUACGAGGAAUUCUGUCUAGUGCUUGAAGCUAUCCAGAGGAACAUCCAUUACUAUAAGCAGAUUCGCCUUGAGCUCAAUAGCAUUGUGAAAGAGCUACGCGAUCUCUUAUUUAACCGUGAGCAACAGAAGCAGAUUAUGCAUCAUGAGAAAAGGAUAUUGGAUAUGACUGAAGCUCUACUCACCAAUGAUAUGCCAGCAUUCAAAAAGAAGGAAAUGCUCAGCAAUAUAACAAUGGAAAAGGUACGACGAACAAACAACAGCAAUACAAUCAGCAGUGUACACUCAAGAGGGUCAGAAAUUCCACAGACUUCAUCGCACAUAAUAAGACAUGUGCCUGAUAACUAGUUACUAGGCAUCAAUCUCUGCACCAUUUGUUGCACAAACACAUUGAAGCCUCUGGUCAACUUGACACUUCAGUGUUGAGGAACAGUUCAGUGUCAUUUUGAAGGUAUAGUUUCCAGGACAGAAAUGAAUGUGGUCAGAAUAGAUUGGAAGCAUUCAUUUGGCUGAAAUGCAAAGGCAACUCAAGUCAGGAUCUCUUCGUAAGGUGAUGGAUUGCAGGAUGGUUGGAAUGACUCAAGUUCUUUCCAAGUCCACAAGAGCAGUGCACAAGCCAAUGUUCUGUAAUGACAUCUGAUUCUGAUUCUAUUGGUCUUUGUCUACAUCCUCAAUCAGUUUCUUCACAGACACAAAAGAAGGGUGCUUCUGCCAUCAAGCUGACAAGAAUCUACAAGCAGGGACAUUGCACUCAGUAGAAACAGAUACUUGGGAAAAUGUAAUACAUGUUCCUACUGGUGCCAGCAUCCUGAUAACAGAAUCUCUGUCAUGCUUAUACCCCACCCAUACAGCUGCAGAUCAGCUUAUAUUGGCCCAGCUCCCAGCUCUUGAGCAACAUGCUCUGGUAGGCAGUGAGCUGUAAAAUUGCACACAAGCUGUGCAGUACCAGAUGAAAGUUUCUAUCCUGUACUGCACUAACAGUGCAUAAUUAUGCUUCAUUGUAAAUCAGAUAGAUGUGAAAAGUAAAAACAGCAAUAUGUUGUAUUUUCA